AUGGAGUUCAUUAAAAAUCCGAAAAAGAUGUGCCAUGAGAUUGCGGGAUAUGUACAACGAAUGUGCGACAUUAUCAAUCACAACAAAUAUAGCAGGCCCAAUCGUACUCUCUACCUAAAUGAAACUUGGGACCUUGCGGAACGAAGAUGGGGCAAAGAGUUGCGUGAAUUUAGACGUGAAAACAAGGGAGGCGAUGUAGAGUAUGACAUAUCAAAGAUACCUGACAUCUAUGAUAACAUAAAAUACGAUAUGGAGCAUAAUCCUGAUCUCUGUAUUGACAAUGAGGGUGAAUUCGAACGAAUGUACUUGUGUGUGAAGAACAUGGCUGACAUAGUUGUGCCGCAGGAGUAUGGAAUUCGUAAGGAGAACAAGAUUUGUGUUGCACAACGGGUUUGCACACCUCUAUUAAAAAAGAUCAGAAAUGAUUUGCAUCGAUGUAUCGAGAGCUCAGAGGAGGACGAAAGUCAAACAAGGCUAGAUCCAAGAAUUAAGAGGAUUAUGAUCUCGCUUAGUGUAGGCCAACAAGCGUCGCAGGGUAUAGCAACUCCGCUACGUCAUGUUCGCACUCGCCUGUAUUUCACUAGUGAAAGCCAUAUUCACACCUUGAUGAACCUCAUUCGAUACGGUGGACUUUGCUCUGUGAGUUAAUU